CAGCACGAUAACAGCACUACCUACACAAUUUUAAACUUACGGAGUAGCAAUCUAGUCCAGCGGUUUCUGUUGAUCACACAUCUCCUCCCCCGUGUGACGUAAACCACGUAGCACCAGUUAACAUCACUUCCGCCUUCCCAUGUCAGGUAAACUCAGUUCUUUAAUUCUCCAUACUCUCUUACAACAACUUUAACGUUCAACCAUGGAGUUUGUCGACUCAGACUUAAUGUCUGUCCCCCUCAUCGCCCUGAACGUUACCGUGAGGAAUAAACUGGGACUUUAUCUGAACCCUAAAAACACAGUAGCAGCGGACUGGAUGGCUGUAGCUGAGACCAUGGGCUUCUCCUACCUGGAAAUACAAAACUUUGAAAGGUCAAGAAGUCCGACUAAAACGAUUCUGGAUGACUGGCAGGCUAAAUCUACAAACGCUUCGGUCGGGAGAUUGUUGUCUAUUCUGAUAGAAGUGGAGAGAAAAGAUAUUGUGGAGGAUCUGCGUCCUUUGAUAGAUGAGGAUGUAAGAAAAUACAGGGAGAGUCUGAAGAAGAAGGCUGAGCCCCCAGUUCAGGUUCCUGAGGUUGACAGCUGUCUUCCUCGGCCUCUUGAAGGUAUCACCCUGGAGGAUGAUCCUGGAGGUGCUCCUGAACUCUUUGAUGCCUUUAUCUGCUACUGCCAGAGUGACUUUUACUUUGUGCGUGAGAUGAUCCGGGAGCUGGAGCAGACAGAAUACAAGUUGAAGCUGUGCGUGUUUGACAGAGAUGUCCUCCCAGGGUCCUGCGUGUGGACAAUCACAAGUGAACUCAUUGAGAAAAGGUGUAAAAGGAUGGUGGUGGUGGUUUCUGAUGAGUACCUUGACAGUGAUGCCUGUGACUUUCAGACCAAGUUUGCUCUCAGCCUCUGUCCUGGAGCCAGAAGUAAAAGGCUGAUCCCGGUGGUGUACAAGUCAAUGAAAAAGCCUUUCCCAAGCAUCUUACGCUUCCUCACCAUAUGUGACUACACUCGACCUUGCACACAGGCCUGGUUCUGGAUACGGCUGGCCAAAGCGCUCUCACUUCCAUAAUCAUGGACUGAACAGUUCACUGUAUUUACAUGUGCCUUCUUAUUCCAUACAAGACUGGGACAUUUGCCAAACAUUUCAAGUACAUGUUUGCUCUGAUAGCCCCAUUCUACAGGCUUUUAAGCCCACAUUUUAAUGUAUAUAAAUAAAAUAAUGCUACUAUUUGUUUUCUGUGACAAAGACAUGGUGAUUUCUGAAUUUUAGGAUUAUGAAAUUCAAUCUGUACAAGUAUACCAAAUACAAGUUCAAGCUGCCCAUCCCAUCAAUAUUUUUUACAAUGUGAGUUAUUGGGAGAGGAUCUGUAUUUGCAGCAUGUACAAACUGCGCUGUAAAAAUCCUUUUCUUUUUUUGAGUGGGCCACUUCCUUUUAUGAGUCAACCUCUAGAUGAGAAAGAUGCUGAAGAGGAAGUGAUAUUUUGAUUGUGAUGCUUUCACAUGUUCUGUUUAACUGACUGCUGACACCUGCCUUAUGCUUUCCUUUUUUAAGUCACUGAAAUUUCUUCAUUUAUUUUAAUGUAAUUUCAAAUAAAGCUCUAUCCAUCUUGUA